GUCCGCCGAUAUUGGAAGCUGUAAUCCUGCAGUAACCUCUCAAUAGCGAUGAAUGUUCUGGUCUUUUUUCUUCUGGGAUUGAUCGGCUCUGCUGUUGCAGAAGACGACGACGAAGCAUGGACCCAGGAAAUGGUCGACAAACUUUUCAGUGCUGGCGACAAAGUCGAUGCAACAGUGCACGGGCUGAUAUCUCAUCAUGGAUACGCCGUUGAACGUCAUUAUGUGAGGACUGAGGAUGGUUACAUCCUCCAAAUGCACCGGAUCCCCGCAAUUCGUACGACUCCUCGUUCAACCAGCAGAGGCGUCGUUUUCCUGAUGCACGGGCUAUGUGGAAGUUCUGCUGCCUACGUUCUUCUCGGACCUGGAAAAGCUUUAGCUUAUGUCUUAGCCGAUGAUGGACACGACGUGUGGAUGGGCAACGCGAGGGGAAAUACUUAUUCCAAAAAUCACACAACUAUUACAGAUUUUAACAGUAAAAUAUUCUGGAACUUCGAAUGGCAUGAAAUUGGUAUUUACGAUCUCCCCGCCAUGAUUGAUUAUGUUCUUGAAAACACGGGUCGGGAUAAAGUGUCAUUCGUGGGUCACAGUCAAGGCGCAACAACGUUCUACGUUAUGACCUCUUUGAAACCAGAGUACAACGACAAGAUUGAGGUCAUGUUCUCUUUAGGUCCUGUCGCUUACAUGUCAAACGUAAUUAGCCCGGCGUUGAGGUUUAUCGCCAAUUUCCAAAAUCCUCUGGGGGUGUUUUUAAAUCUCGUUGGUCAGUACGAGUUCCCGUCUAAUCAUGAAUUUAUGAUCGCAGCUAGUAAGAACUUCUGCAAUAUCGAUGCUCUGACUCGAUGCUUGUGCAGUAAUUUAAUCUUCUUGCUGACGGGGUUCCACAGGGCUCAAACCAACAUUAGCAUGCUGCCAACUGUCGUUAAACAUAUGCCGGCUGGUGCGUCAACUCGUCAACUGAUUCACUACGCUCAAGAAGUAAAGUCCGGCAAGUUCAGACAGUGGGAUUACGGCCUGCUUUGCAAUCUGUGGCACUAUGGGACCUUAACGCCACCAGAUUACGAGCUUGGCAAGAUUACUGCACCCGUUCACUUGCUGUACAGUAACAACGAUUGGAUGGCAUCUACAGAAGAUGUUAAACUAUUGUACACCGAGCUUGGUAACCCGAUUGAGAUGUAUCGGAUCUUGGAUGAGAAGUGGAACCACCUUGAUUUUAUUUUUGGUAUCGAUGCUAAGGAAUUAGUCUAUGACCAUAUACUGGAUGUAUUGCAAAAACGAUAUGGUGAUUAGGUGAUAAUAAAAUCAUCGACUACGACUACCGUCGUGAAAAAUAAAGAUUAAGGUAAUUAUAAGAUUCUAGUUACUA